AGCCAAGUCACUCGUCAUCGUCACUUUGUGCCCUCCAACACAUACUCCCAGGAUCGCAGGCCUACUGUGCAAGCUGAACCAUGGCUGCUGAAGCUCCCACAACCGUCGAUCGGCACACUACUACGCCUUUUUUGCUCCGUCUGUGCUACAAGCAAGGCUCAUAUCACAGGCUCGACGAAUUCGACCCAACCCUCCCUCGUCUCCCAUCACACAUCCAGAUCUAUACCUGGCCUAACUGCAACCUGCGCGAACUAUGCAAACUGCUCCUCGCCACAUAUCCAAAGCUGCUAUCACACCCAUAUGCCGGAGCCCGCAUCGCCUUCCGUCUCGUGUACCCAGACAUCCAAGGAUCGAAUCGCCCAGGCGCACCAGGUCGAUUUAUUUCGCGGGACAUAGGCUCCGUCAUUGUUGGCGCCGCACAUCCUGAAGACGAAGACACAGAGAUGGCUGAGGGCGGAACGAUGGUGGAGGAGGCUUUGAAGCAGCUCGACGGAGAUCCUGAGAAGACACUGGGCGACGUCAAGUUCUUGAUUGGCGAUUUUGUUUCCUGCGCUAUCCUGCCACCCUUGCCGGACGGUGGUGUGCCAGCAGCUCCCCCGCCCAUCUCGGGACCGAGCAGAGGACCGCCACCUGGACCAUACGGCGGACGAGGAAGGGACAACGGCUUCGGUGGGCGCGGUGAUUUUGGGUACGGAAGAGGAGGCCGCGGGGGACGGUUCGACGACAGGAGACUCAGUGGAGGAGUACCAUCGGGCGAAUGGAGGAGGGGCGAGGCACCGCCAGAUCGGGAGCCUGGCUUUGGUAGAGGGGGAGGCGGCGGCGGUAGUGCAGGCGGGAGCGGCGGCGGUAGCUGGCGUGGACGAGGCCGGGGAAGGUGGUAGUCGGAGUGCGAGCGUGUCAGCUAACAGGAAGCCACAGCGGCGCGGCGAGGCCAAAACGACCAAGAAACGAAUUAGGAAGUGUCGUAGGGCCAAUUGAUGUGCCAAUCGCGCAGAGACCAAUCUGCAGUAGAUGCCUCCUUCGGCGUCUUGAAUGAUUCACGUAGUAGCCCGUAAUAAAAUAAGGUAGGCUGCAUCUGUCCUUCAUCUGCGAUACUUCUCACUUGUUCUUAUGAGCUACACUUGAAAGUCUGAGCUAAUACUCAUACAAAGGCGACCUUGGUAGUGCAGAGAGCUACACGUUUGCUACAGUGAUAGCAUGGGAGGGUGUGGUAGUAGGCC